AUAGCUUAAUGCUUGUUUUUUUACUCGGUAGUAUUUAUGGGACGGUCAUUCCUAUGUGUACACUAUCGUCCUUUCCAAAUAACAUCGGUCAAACUCAGUGAUUUAUACUGAGUUAGUGAGUUUUAUAUGAGCUCAACUCAUGUAACUCACUCAUUUCGCAAAGAUCGCCGGGAAAAAAAGAAGAGGGAAAAUGGAAGCAUUGGUAUGCAGAGCAAUCGGCGACCCAACAAUCCCGCCGAACUCGUCGGGCAAUUCUCCGCUCGCCUUUUCAACUUCCCAUCCAAUCCCUGAAAUAAACUCGCCCAGUUCCGUCCGGGUCAGAGUAAAAGCCACGAGCUUGAACUUCGCCAAUUACCUGCAAAUCCAAGGGCUCUACCAAGAGAAGCCUCCGUUGCCGUUCAUCCCCGGCUCCGAUUACUCCGGAAUCGUCGACGCCGUCGGUGCUGGCGUCACCAAGUUCAAAGCCGGCGAUCGUGUCUGCUCCUUUACGGCUCUUGGUUCCUUCGCGCAGUUCAUCGUUGUCGAUCAAUCCGAUUUGUUUCUAGUGCCUGAUGGGUGUGAUCUAAUCGCGGCUGCAGCACUUCCUGUGGCAUAUGGAACAUCACACAUGGCCCUCUCGUACCGGGCACAAUUGCACCGAGGCCAGGUUCUGAUGGUUCUUGGAGCAGCUGGAGGCGUUGGUGUUUCAGCUGUUCAAAUUGGGAAGGUUUGUGGUGCCACUGUUAUUGCCGUAGCAAGGGGAGAUGAAAAGGUGCAGUUUUUGAAGUCUUUGGGUGUUGAUCACGUUGUUGAUGUGAGCAAGGACAAUGUUAUUGAAAAUGUUAAGGGGUUUCUGAAAUCAAGAAAACUAAGGGGGGUCGAUGUCCUGUAUGAUCCAGUAGGGGGGAAACUCUCGAAAGAUAGCUUGAAGCUUCUAAAUUGGGGAGCACAGAUUUUGGUUAUUGGAUUUGCAAGUGGAGAUAUACCUCUCAUCCCAGCAAAUAUUGCUCUUGUUAAGAACUGGACAAUACAUGGCCUAUACUGGGGGAGCUAUAAGAUACACAGACGAAGUGUGCUCGAAGAUUCUGUUAAUGAGCUCUUGUCGUGGCUGUCAAAGGGCAUCAUUACCAUAAAUAUCUCUCAUACUUUUAGCCCGUUUGAGGCAAAUCUUGCUUUCGCCGCCCUAAAAGAUAGGAAAGCGGUUGGGAAGGUUCUGCUUACCUUUGGCGACGAUGUCAAGACAAGGAGAUCAUCUAAGCUUUAGUUUCCAGGCUGACUGUUGAGAUGCCACCCACCCCAUCAUCUGUUAUGACCAAAUUCUAAAGAUUUGCCAUGUCUGCAGGUUAUUCAAUUCCCAAAUAUAUAUGAGUAUAAUGGUUAUUAUGGGUACUUUUGUUGUAAGAAAGUUCCAUUUUCAUGAUGCUGGGAAAGAGCACUGUGGUUUUUUAGAUUUUGAAGCUCCCAUGAUAUGAUGAAUUAUUAAAUCUUGUGAUGAAAAUAAGAGGUGAUUGUAGAUGUUGCUAAUUUGUGUUA